AGCAAUAGUUGCCAAGGUUUGCAUACCAUGGGUUCGCCAUUUCUGUUCCUUCUAUUGUCUUUGUCAUUUUCUCUCCCGUUAUCUUCAAGCUUGGAUACCAUUCGUGAAGGCAAAUCCCUCUCAAUUGAGAAAUCAAAAGACGUUCUGAUAUCAACUAAUGGAGUUUUCUCUGCUGGCUUUUAUUCAGUGGGUGAUAAUGCCUAUUGCUAUGCCAUAUGGUUCAAUAAGCCAUCCCGUGGCAAGAACCAGACUGUAAUCUGGAUGGCAAACCGUGAUCAGCCAGUUAAUGGAAGGAGCUCCAAGCUCUCUCUGCUCAAAAAUGGAAAUCUUAUCUUAACCGACGCUGGGAAGUUCACAGUUUGGGCCACAAAUACUCAGUCACUCUCCUCAGUGCACUUAUCUCUCUACAACACCGGUAAUCUUGUCCUGCAGAACAUGGAAGGUGUUACUUUAUGGGAAAGCUUUGAUUUCCCAACAGACACCCUUCUUCCCCAACAACUACUCACUAGAAACACAAGGCUCAUAUCCUCUAGAAGCCAGACCAACUAUUCCUCUGGUUUUUACAAGCUCUUUUUCGAUAAUGACAACCUCCUCCGCCUUCUUUAUGACGGUCUUGAUGUUUCCAGCAUAUACUGGCCAGACCCGUGGCUCGUGAGCUGGGAUGCUGGAAGGUCCACGUACAACAACAGUCGGAUCGCAGUGCUUGAUACAUUCGGGAACUUCAGUUCUUCUGAUGAUUUUACUUUCAUGGCAGCAGACUAUGGGUUGGAGCUUCAUAGAAGACUAAAAAUUGAUUACGAUGGUGAUGUUCGAUUGUACAGCUGGGACGAGGUGGGGGAGAAGUGGGUUGUGUCCUGGCAGGCCAUUCAGAGACCUUGCAAUAUUUAUGGUAUUUGUGGGGCUAACAGUCUGUGCAGCUAUAUUGUUGGUUCUGAUAGGAAAUGUUCUUGCCUCCCAGGAUUUAAGAUGAAAAAUGUCACGGAUUGGUCUUACGGGUGCGAACCCAACUUUCAUCUUUCUUGCAAUAGAAAUGAGUCUGGCUUUCUACUGUUACCCCGUGUUGAGUUCUUCGGUUAUGAUUAUGGGUUCUUCCCUAAUUACACGUUGGAUCAAUGUAAGAAUUUAUGUUUGCAAUUGUGCAAUUGCAAAGGGUUCCAAUUCACCUUCAAACAGGAAGGUGGUUCUUCAAACUGCUACCCCAAGACGUUGUUGCUUAAUGGAUAUCGUUCCCCGAAUUUCAAGGGUGACCUCUAUUUGAGAUUGCCUAAACGCAAUAUCUUCUCCAUCGCAAAGUUUGUACAAGAUUUCAACCUGGUUUGCUCAAGCAAAGGUACAGUGCAACUAGACAGAACUUAUUAUAAAAGUCGUGCAAAUGGGAUAGUGAAAUUCAUGCUCUGGUUUGCAUGUGGAGUAGGCGGAUUUGAAAUCAUCUGUAUCUUUUUGGUGUGGUGUCUAUUGAGUAGAACCCAUCAAGGUUCAGGUGCAGACAAGCAAGGCUAUCUUUUUGCUGUCACUGGGUUCAGAAGAUUUACCUAUGCUGAGCUCAAGAAGGCAACAAAAGGUUUUAAAGAGGAGAUUGGAAGAGGUGCGGGAGGAAUAGUAUACAAAGGGGUAUUGCCAGAUAAUCGAGCUGUAGCAAUCAAGCAUCUCAACGAAACUAACCAAGGAGAAGGUGAAUUUCUAGCAGAAGUAAGCAUCAUUGGAAGGAUUAACCACAUGAACUUAAUUGAGAUGUGGGGGUAUUGCGCAGAGGGAAAGCACAGGCUUUUGGUGUACGAGUACAUGGAAUAUGGUUCUUUGGACCAAAACCUCUCCUCUCAUGCAUUUGACUGGAAAAAGAGGUUUGACAUUGCCGCUGGUACAGCGAAAGGCCUAGCUUAUCUGCAUGAAGAGUGCUUAGAGUGGGUUUUACACUGUGAUGUAAAGCCUCAAAACAUACUCCUAGACUCUAACUAUCAACCAAAGGUGGCAGAUUUUGGGCUCUCUAAGCUACAAAAUAGAAAUCUCGAGAAUUCAAGCUUCUCAAGAAUAAGAGGAACCCGAGGGUACAUGGCACCAGAGUGGGUUUUCAAUCUUCCUAUCACCUCCAAAGUGGAUGUUUAUAGCUAUGGAAUUGUUGUAUUGGAGAUGGUGACAGGAAAGGGACCAACAAGGGGUGUCCAUGCUAUAGAUAGUGGAGGAGAGCCAGAACCCAAAACGUUGGUUACUUGGGUGAGGGAAAAAAGGAAUGGAACGGCUACAAUGGCUUCCUUGCUUGAAGAGAUUGUUGAUCCAGUACUAGAAAACAAUUAUGACAUGGGUAAGAUGGAAACUCUAGUAGCAGUUGCUCUGCAGUGCGUAGAGGAAGAGAAAGAUAGAAGACCCAGCAUGAGCCAAGUAGCUGAGAUGCUUUUAAUCGAAGAAAAUGAUAGUGACAGUGAUCAUGGUGUUAAUCUCUGAUUGGUAAUGGUACCGAUUUUCUUAAGAGAUCGAUGGUUGUUUUUGCAAAUCCAUAGUCACGAAUAAACCUUUUUCUUGUAGUGGUAGAGCUAUAGGUGUACUUGUAAGCCUGGUUGGCAAUGUGUCAUCCAACAAAUUAGGGUCAAACUGGAGGCUAUUGAUCCUAAUGGUUGUGCAUGUGUAUUAACUUCUUUUAUUCUCUUUUUUUUUUUUUUUCGUUUUGAAUGACUUGUAUGUUUUGGGAAAUUUACAUGUCUGUCGCUGGUGUCUUAACUUUGCAUUAUGAAGUGAAUUAGGGUUUUGUAUA